UCUUACCGAGAGCCCCCGACUACUUGUUCGGGGCACGCUGGAUCAUUCUGGAGAUUACUUUUGUACGAAGCACCUCGCUUACCUUUUAUCUCUAAUUAUUAAUAAAUAAGUGUUCUUUAAAUAUAAAUACUUGCGUAUUAUUUAUUGAUCAAAACCCUAGCCUUCCAUCAGGUUAUGGGCCCGACAAGAUUCCACUGCGCAAAUUAAUUAUUAUCUAUAAAAAUUGUGAAAAGUGAAUUAUAGUAAACCCGGCAAAUUGUGAAGGAGUCGAAGUACUACGACGAUGUCGGACGUGGAUAAGGAGAGCGACUUGAGCUUGACACGCAAGUAUCUUUUUAUUUUUUAUGUUAAGAAUAUGAACAAUGACUAAACGAGUGAAGAGAAAAAAAAAAAAAAAAAAAAAAUUAUUAUAAAAAAAAACGAGGGUUAGAUGAAAGAAAAAAAUUAAGUGCUGGAAAAUAUUUAUUGAAUCGACGGUCAUUGUUCGUUUCUUGAAAUAUAAGCUUAUAAAAACGAGAGUAAUAUUCUAAGUAGACUAGUCGAAAUUAAAUAAAAAUGGCGUGACUGUGUAGCGUGGUGUUGUUUUGGCGGGAGACCGAGAGUCCGAGCUCAUAGACGAGUGAUGACUGCAGAGAGACAGAGACAGACGAUGUGCACUAGUGCGAGUGAGACAGAGAAUGGUCUCUUUGUUGAUCGAAGCAAGUCGAAUGUUAUGUUGAUUUCUGAGAAAGGGUUGGCCAACCAAAUACAUUCUCACACUUGAAUAAAAAUAAAAAUAAAACGAAUUAAGGAACAAAGGAUCUCGUCUCGCCUGAACAGCAUCUACGCUAUACUUAAAAAUGAAAUAAACGAAUGACGAUGCGUUUAAAUUUUUAUUAAUUAAUCUUUAUUUUACACAGUACCAGAAAAUGAUCAUAUGAACGAAAUGUAUGGAAACCUGGUAUUAGAGUGCGUCGUAGCUAAACUUCAGAGUGUGUUUAAGCUCGAUGAAAAUCAUCCUAAUGAACCAGUGGAUGUUAAAAUUCAAGGAAACAAUGUUGUCCUUAAAACUCAAUCGGAGGUUGAGUACAAAGCAGAUAAAUCAUUUCUAACCAUUGACGAGUGGAAUGCCCUAGUCGAGUGGGUGGGCAACUGGAAGGGUGAAACACCAGUAAUGCCUCGGACUUUAAAUCAACGAAUUUCUGAGGAGAUUGACGAGAACGAACUGCUGGGAGGUAACGAUGAGAUCAAAACGAUUGCUAAAGAUGAUGAUGUGACGAGUGAUAAUGAGGAGUGUGAAACGAAACGAGUGAUAACGACCCAGGCAGUAAUUGAAACAACAGGUAAAGGUCUACCUAAAAUAACUGAUAUAAAACCGGUUCAGUUACCAAUGGAUAAGUUUAAACGAGUCAAUCUUCCUAAUGAAACCCCUGAGAAAACUAAACCUGACAUUCCUAAUUUAGGUAAUUCUAAGGUUGUUCAGACGGAAGAAACUCAGGCAAACGAUGUGAGUGGGGACUGGAAGCCAUGCUUUCAAGCUAUGAGUAAUAUGCUGCAACAGCAUACUAAAUUGCUCACAACCGCUGUAGACACUAUUAAAGGGUUGGAACGAGUUCAGAAGGAGUUUGCGAAUGCAAAGAACGAGCAAUGUUUGGUCCAUGACCAAAUAAACGAGAGAAUGAGUGAAAUGGAAAGAAACAUGGAACAAAUAAAAGAGUGUAUGCAGGCUUAGGCUGAAGCAAAUAAGAAGCAAAUAAGAAGUGUUGAUACGAGAGCUGCUUUAAUGGCCAAAAAGGACCUGAAAGUAAGGUGUUACGAAUGUGGAGACUGUGGUCAUCGCAGCUCUGAGUGUCCCCAGAAAGGUUCGGGAUUGCAAAAAUGCUACGAAUGUAACCAGUUCACUACACACAAAGCCAAUGAAUGUCCCGAACGAUUGGAACGACAAAAACGAAAUGCAUCACGAGGCAAAGGGAGAACGAGUGGAACGAGCAGGUAUAGUUAUUCUAAGAAUUCACGUGCCUUUAAACAGGCCAAUGACAGACGACAGUAUCUCAAAAGGAAAAAUAGUGACAAUUCAGGAAAUAGUGAAUCAAAGAAACCAAGAUUUAGGGCACACAGAGGGCGUGGUGGUUUUAAAAACUCCAACCAACAUAGACACAAUAAAAACGAAAAUGCCAAAGGAACGGAGUCAGCAAAGGUGAAUCUCAUCCUCAGAGAACUCCUAUGGUAACAACUCAGGUUGCAAAUAGAGAAAGGAAACUCAGAGAAGAAGAUUGCAGUAUUGAGCAAUUACGAGCGACUGAAACGAGUGCAAACAUACCUUAUCGAGAAGCAGUAGGCAGUUUGUUGUACUUAGCAGGAGCAACUCGCCCUGAUAUUUCAUAUGCAGUGAAUGUCUUGAGCAGACAUCAGCUGAACCCUACUGAAAACGACUGGAAAAUGGUAGAACGAGUGUUUAGAUACCUGAAAGAUGCUAGUUUUGCGGACUGUAAAGGUUCUCUAACGACGUGCGGAUUCUUAAUCCAACUGUUUGGUGACACUAUAGCUUGGAGGUCACACAAGCAAAAUUACGUUGCUUUGUCAACUUGCCAAACUGAAUACGUAGCAAUGAGUGAAGCGAGUCAGGAGUUGGUAGCCAUGAGCAACUCUCUUAAAAUUAUUUUGAAUAAAUCAUUUUAUCCUAUGCAGCUCUGGUGCGAUAACAAGGCUGCAGAAGCAAGUGCGCAAACGAGUGGUGGUAACAAACUGAGACAUAUGACAGAGGUAAUAAAUCAGAUCAGCAGGGUUGAUACGAGUGCCUUACACGAACGAGAGACAUGAGGACAGAACGAACUGAAAACCAAAAUAAAAAUAAUGUCCAGUAUUAAAGAAAUCAAAGAGUUAUAUAAUGAUGCUUAUUAUGUCUAGUUUCUUUAUAAUACGAUAUAAAACUAUGUAAUACUAAUUAUAAUUUUAAAUAAGAUAAGUAAACUAAACAUAGACGGGAGGGAGUGUUAGAAAUAGCGCCUAUGAUUAGUUCCCUGAUUAGCCGCCCUUGAGCGCGCUCAGCGUCUUACCGAGAGCCCCCGACUACUUGUUCGGGGCACGCUGGAUCAUUCUGGAGAUUACUUUUGUACGAAGCACCUCGCUUACCUUUUAUCUCUAAUUAUUAAUAAAUAAGUGUUCUUUAAAUAUAAAUACUUGCGUAUUAUUUAUUGAUCAAAACCCUAGCCUUCCAUCACUAUAUAUAGUCAUAAAAAAUUCAAGGGCAUUGUGGAACCGUCUCAAAUGCCACGAACCGCGUUCUGACAGAUCCAACCGAGCAAGAGUAAUU